AUGAGUUCAAGUGAUGAAGAAGAUGAUAAAUUCCUUUAUGGAUCUGACACUGAGAAUGACAAUACUUCUACCGGAAAGAGAACUUUUGAUGAAGCAAAUGGUAACCAUAGUGACGUACAAGUAACGAAUAAGAAACCAAAAGUGUUAAGUGCCAGUACCCUUGACCUAAGUAAACCUUCUGAAACAUCGUCUUCUACAUCAGAUGAGGACUCUGAUGGUGAAGAAUCAGAUUAUGAUUCAGAUUUCGAUAUCGAAUUUAUUAUUAGUGCCGGUCCAGAUACUUCUCGACUGGAUUCAAUGGAUACUACUUCUAUCAGUACUGCAACUACCACUCCAAUACCAAUAACGACAACAACGACGACAGAACUACCUAAAAAUGCAAUCAGUGUGGCAUCUGAUGAAGUACUACCAGAUAAUCUAAUAGAGAAUGAUGUUAAAGCAGAACCAACACCAACAGCGACUGGUUAUUCAAUGGCAAAUGAUGAAUCAUCAACAAUAACUUCUGAUUCUUUGAAAAACAAUAAAACUAUGUUAGGGUCCAUUGACCUUGACAAAGAUGGACUAUUUGAAGGUGAACCAAUAACGAAUAUUGACCCAGAAGUGCUUCGAGAAAAACCAUGGAGACAACCAGGUGCUAAUCUAUCUGAUUAUUUCAAUUAUGGAUUUAAUGAAUUCACAUGGUUAGAAUAUUUGAAAAGACAUGAAAAAUUAAGAAUCGAAUAUAAUCCAAGAAGAAUCCUAAUGGGUCUUUUAUCUUUACAACAACAGGGAAAGUUAGAUCCCCAAAAUACAACUACACAAAACAAUGAUACCACUAAUGUUAACAACAACAUGAUACCAAAUAAUAUGUCACCACCUAAACAACAGCAAAUGACACAACUAAAUCAGCAAUCACAAAAGCAGCCUCCUCUAAUGCCACCAGUUGGGUUCCCUCCGAUGCCAAUGUUUGGAGGUUUCCCACCGUUUGGAAUGCCAAAUAUGAUGGCUCCAUUACCCGCUCAAUUUCAGCCAUCACAAGGUCUAAAACAAUCAUCUCCUCCAUCUCAAUUUCAACAACAACAACAACAACAGCAGCAGAAACAACCACCUCCAAACCAACAACAAAUAAAUAAGUAG